AUGCAAUUCAAUCGUGUAUUACGACGUUUUUUUGAAGGAGCGUUUAUCUCUAGAAAGAUGGUGAAACUCGAAGUCGCUUAUUUGGGAAUGCAAUGCUUCUGGGGCGAAUCUGCCUGGGCUAAGAACAAAGGAGUUCGUGUAACCCGAGUUGGAUAUGCUGGAGGUGAAAGCUCCAAUCCCACCUACCAAAGCAUUGGUGACCAUACUGAAAUCACUGAAGUCACUUUCGACCCAUCCAUCAUCACCUAUAGAGAGAUCUUGAACUUCUUCUGGACCCAUCACAACCCUGCUGUUCACAGAAAGAAGCAAUACCAAUCUGCCAUCCUCUAUACAAGCCCUGAACAGAAGGAUGCUGCCUUGGAAACGCUCGAGGCAACCAAGAGCAAGGUAGAGGAUGUCGAGACGUACGUUAAACCUUUGAAUGUAUUCUAUGAGGCUGAAGCUUACCACCAGAAGUAUUGGCUUCGUAAUGCCCACGAUAUCUUCCGAGAGCUGAAAUUGAGUGAUAAGGAAGUCGCCACUGGCGUCUUGGCCACCAAAUUGAAUGCCUAUAGUGCCGGUUAUCAAGAUUUCUCUGAAUUACACGAACUCCAAAAAGAAUACAAUCUUUCGGAUGAGUUGGUUCAGAAAAUCACCGACUUGGCUAAGAGAGGAGGAGACCCCCGAGCUUGCCAUUGA